UCUCCAUAGAAAAGCCGCCAUAUUUUAUUACAUUUAUGAGUAUUUACUAAUACAGUGACAUUUGUCACUUCAUAAGCUAUUAACUACAUAUAAGUGCACCAAGGAAAACACAUAUAUAUUGUGUGUCAUCAGUAUUGUAUACCCGCAAAUUGGUUUUCAUUUUGCUCUACAACGAACAAGUGGUUGCAAGUGGCUAGAGGGAGGCAAAGUGAUUUACAUCAGAAACUCAUCAUCUCGACACCGCUAAAGCGGGUCUUCGGCACAUAAUACAACAUGCCAGUAAGAAAAGCAGAUGCACACAGGGCAUUGGAGUUAUUGGAGGAUUAUCACACACGACUAACCAAAUCACAAGAUAAACCGCUUAAAAAUGCCAUAGAACGAGUGAUCCGAAUCUUCAAAAGUAAAUUAUUCCAAGCAUUAUUAGAUAUACAAGAAUUUUAUGAAUGUACAUUAUUAGAUGAUUCCAAGACAAAUCAAGAAAAGACAUUAGAAACAUUACGUGUGGCGAGUAAAUGGGAACAUGAACUACCAAUCACAAAUAAUUUACCGAAAAUGGAUCUAAAUUCACCAAUUGAAGAAGAUUUGCCCCCACCCCCUCCACCAUUAGAAGCUGAUUCAAGUAAAACUAGAGAUCCUAGCCCCCCACCCCCACCACCGAUUGUGGAAAAGACACACCCUACUAACAUGAGAUCCGCAGCUGCUACUGGUAGAUCUCAUCAAGCUGAAUUUCAAGAAGAAGAAGAAGAAGAAGAGGAACAGGAACAGGGAUAUGACCGAGAGCUUCCACCUGCUCCUGAGGGUUCGGAAACGGCCGAUUCAGAAUUUACAAAUGGUGAGGGUGAAUGGGAACACGAAGAAAUUAUAUUAGAAAGAGGUACAACAGGUCUAGGAUUCAGUAUUGCUGGUGGAACUGAUAAUCCUCAUAUUGGUGACGAUCCUGCCAUAUUUAUUACUAAAAUAAUUCCAGGGGGAGGUGCUGCACAAGAUGGUAGACUGAGAAUGAAUGAUAUAAUAGUGAAGGUGAAUGAUGCUGAUGUUUCUGCUACAACACAUGCUGGAGCUGUAGAGGCAUUGAAAAAUGCUGGAUCUAAAGUCAUACUGUAUGUUAAAAGAUUGAAGGCACCAACAGAAAAUAUCAUGGAACUAGAAUUGGUGAAAGGAAAUAAAGGGUUAGGAUUUAGUAUUGCUGGUGGAAAAGGAAAUCAACACAUUCCAGGAGAUAAUGGAAUAUUUGUAACUAAAUUAAUAGAAGGUGGUGCUGCUGAACAAGAUGGCCGUGUUGCUGUUGGUGACAGACUUAUUGCUGUAAAUGAAGUUAAUCUUGAAGAUGUUACACAUGAAGUUGCUGUACAAGCUCUGAAAGCUACUCAAGAUGUUGUUCAUUUAACAAUCGCUAAACCCUCUUACAUGCAAGAUGCUGAUUCAUCUUUUACAGGACAACAUAAUGAACAAGCUAUAGUGGCCAACACUAAUAAUUCCUAUAGAAACACUCCAACUCCUCCUGCAAAGGUCUUAGAGCAAGAAGAACCAACCAGGGAACCACGUAAAAUAACAUUAAAAAAGGGUUCAACAGGUUUAGGGUUUAAUAUUGUUGGUGGAGAAGAUGGUGAGGGUAUUUUUGUGUCUUUUAUACUUGCUGGUGGGCCGGCUGAUCUCAGUGGUGAAUUACGGAGAGGUGAUCAAAUAAUAUCAGUAAAUGAAGUAGAUUUACGGAUUGCCACACAUGAAGAGGCGGCAGCAGCUUUAAAAAGUGCAGGUGAUGUGGUGGAAGUUAUUGCUCAAUAUAAACCUGAAGAAUAUAAUCGGUUUGAAGCUAAAAUACAAGAUUUAAGAGAACAAAUGAUGAACACAAGUUCUGGUAGUUUACGCACAACACAGAAAAGAUCUUUAUAUGUCAGAGCUUUAUUUGAAUAUGAUCCUAAAAAAGAUAGUGGUUUACCAAGUAAAGGUUUAGCUUUUAAAUAUGGUGAUAUUUUACAUGUAACAAAUGCUUCCGAUGAUGAAUGGUGGCAAGCAAGGAGGAUAACUCCAGAAGGAGAAGAAGAGGGUAUCGGCAUAAUUCCAUCAAAAUCUCGCGUUGAUAGAAAAGAAAGAGCGAGAUUAAAAAAUGUUAAAUUUACUGGUAAAAAUAGUACAAGUAAUGAUAAAGUAAGCUCACAGCAAGCUGCUGCCAAUGAUAGAAAAAAGAAAAAUUUCUCCUUCACACGUAAAUUUCCAUUUAUGAAGAGUAAAGAUCAGAGUGGUAGUGAAGAUGUUAGUGCUGAUGAACAGGGUUUAGCUGGAAAUGAAGGUAUCCCUAGUGAUAAUGACAGUCUUCGGGGAUUUGAACCUAUUUUAUCAUAUGAAGCUGUUGUACAACAAGAUCUAAAAUAUACUCGACCUGUAAUUAUUCUGGGACCGUUAAAAGAUAGAAUAAAUGAUGAUUUAAUGUCUGAGUUUCCCGAUAAAUUUGGCAGCUGUGUUCCACAUACAACCCGAACACCGAGAGAUUAUGAACAUGAUUCCAGAGAUUAUCAUUUUGUGGAAUCGAGAGAACAGAUGGAGAGAGAUAUACAGAAUCAUUUAUUUAUAGAGGCUGGAGUCUACAACGAUAAUCUGUACGGAACUAGUGUAGCUUCUGUUAAAGAAGUGGCUGAAGUAGGAAAGCAUUGUAUUUUAGAUGUUAGUGGAAAUGCCAUAAAACGUCUUCAAGUAGCUGGAUUAUAUCCAAUUGCCAUCUUUAUUAAACCUAAAUCAAUUGAUUCUAUUAUGGAAAUGAAUAAAAGAAUAACGGAAGAACAAGCAAGAAAAACGUACGAACGAGCAUUAAAAUUAGAGCAGGAAUUUGGAGAGUAUUUUACUGCUGUGGUACAAGGAGAUACAGGAGAUGAGAUCUAUGCACGAGUGAAGGAAGUGAUACGAGAUCAGUCAGGUCCUGUUAUCUGGGUUCCUGCUAAAGACAAACUCUGAAUCUUCAUUAUUAUCACUACGCCUCAUAUUGAUGAUGCUAAUUCCUGUUUUCGGUUAUGUUAUCACGUGACUCUUUUCUGUGGCUUUUCUUUGGCUGUUAUAGUCGACUUAAGUCAUCAAAUGAUAAACUUGUUUAUAGUUAUCAUCCGUUGUGCUACGAUCAUGAUGUAAUGGACAUAUUUUUGAGGAUGUGUUUCCUUGACAACAAGGAAUAGGACUUGAAAGUGUCAUUUUCAAUCAUAAUUUGUGAUCAUUAUUUAAGAUGUUGACCUUUGACCUAUGUUAAAAUAAUAUGUAUAUAUAGGAACUGUGCACUAGAUUAUUAUUUUAUUCAUUCUAUUAAAUAUUAGACAUGUCAUGUAAAGUAAACACAUUGUGAAAUUCACUACAAAACAGUACAUUAAUACCAGUUAUUAUUGGGCAUGUUGGUGGCAAUGUUAUUAUUAUAUGUUAAGUAAGGUUCUGAUGUAUAUGCACGAUAUCAUGGAAUUAAGACUGACAUAGUAUAAGGAAAGUGCCACUCUAAACAGCUUUAAAUGAAUGGUUAUCAUGUAUAAUGAUGCCACAGUGAAUGUGUAGAGAGCAUCUAGGAAAUAAUCUGUGUAAAUGCUAUCAUGUCAUUUAGAACAUUGUCCAUACAUAAUGUUUGCAUUAUACAGUACAUCGUACACUGUGCAGUUGUGGCAUUCUUUAUGAAACACUGUAAUACAUGGUCACACUGUGCAGUUGUGGCAUUUUUUUUUAUGAAACACUGUAUUACAUGUUGACACUGCAGCUGUGACAUUGUUUAUAAAACAUUGUAAUACAUGUUGACACUGUGCAGCUGUGACAUUGUGUAUUAAAAACUGUAAUACGUGUUGACACUGCAGUUGUGGUAUUGUUUAUGAAACGCUGUUAUACAUAUUGACACUGUGCAAUUGUGGCACUAUUUAUGAAACACUGUAUACACAUAGGCACUGUGCAGCUGUGGCAAUGUUUGUGUAACACAUGUUGAUAAAAAAUUACUUUGUGCAAUUAUUAUAUUAUGAAACACUGUAAUAUAUCUUGACAUGUCACAUUGUGCAGCUAUGGCAAUGUUUAUGAAACACUGUAUUACAUCUUGACCUGUUACACUGUGCAUGACUAUUCUGUUACUGUUAACAAAUUUCACAAAGCAAAAUAACACACAUCAAAUAUUAUUUGUUCUGUUAUUCAAUGCAUUAUGUUACAUUUCUGAUUGGACAAAUAAUUUAUGUGGAGUAAUUAUAUACAUUAUGUUUAUAUUAUUUAUCGUGAUGUUUAGAUAUAUCACAAGAGUCCGAUAUACCGUAAUUUUAUUCUGAUUUUAAUUCAUCAUAUAUUCAUAUUGCAUUAAACAAUGUAAAAAAGUGCAAUUGUUGAAACAGUCCAUAAAUGUUGAAGUUGUGUCAUCUUGGCUAAUAACUGUAUACUCAAAUACAAAAAUCCAAUGUUUUUAGAAUAUUGAGAUAUAAAUUAUAUACUUCGUGCUCAUUUGUAAGAUAUACAUUAUUUGUUAAACUAUGAUAGAUAUCAACAUAUAUCAGAAUAUUGCUGUACAGUGUCAGAGUCUGCAUAUAUAUAUACAUGUAUCAUAUACACAUUAAAUUUUACUGAAAACAUUAAAAAGCUUUCCAAUUUUUAAACAUGGUUGAAAUCAAGACAAACACAGAAUUAAGUAUAAAACAAGAAAAUAAUGCCAACAAGAAAUUAAUUAUUGCAUUAAAUGUGACCAUUUGUUAGACACACUGUUUUUAAUGCAUAUUUCUGUUGUAUAUUCACAAGCUAAAAUAGGAAGUAGUUAUCCUGUAAUUAGCAGUAAUAUGUGCUUUGGAACAUUGUUCUCGCAUAAAAGACUAGCUAAUUUAUAUCAAAAUAAAUUAAGCCCAAUCUCAUCCUAUUCUAACCUAGAAAAUAUAGGAUGGUGGCCUGCUUGUAUUUAUGCUAUUGUAAACAUAAACAAUUUAAAGCUUGACCUGCUGUGCUAAAAAAUUAGCGAGUCUGGAGAAUAAUGGGAGAUAACUCUAAAAAGGAGUGUCUUAGGUGUUAAACUACUAAGUAUUAACUGCACAAUUAUUUGUCUGGUAGCUGUGAAAAAUAACCAGUUGGUUGAUGCUUCUGUCAAACAUUUAAUCCAGUUUUCAUGAAAAGUACGUUAGAUACAGAAUUGGAGACAAGUUGAUCAUGAUUCAUUUACAUCUUUAGAUGUAUAGGCAAUGAUGGAUGGAGUGUGCAGCUAUCAGCAAUGAUGGUUGGAGUUUGUGGCUAUCAGUCAUGAUGGUUGUUCCUGUAUAUCCAAAUGUGGCUUUGUGAACUGUGAAUAUCUCUUGCCUAACAAAAAGAAAAUCAGAGGUUUUUGUAUGGUGGGGGAUAUUUCGAUCUAUUAUUUUAGUCCAAUAUUCAGUAUAUUUAUUGUCAAAAGUCAUUUUAUAUUCACCUUCACCAACUCGUAUUCAUACUUGUGGGUAUAGUUUUAAUAUUGUUGUUUUUGUGUUUAGUGUUCUAACAUCAUCACAAUUUCAUUGGCUGUUGUGUUGCUAUACUUUUGUAUUGCAUAUGAUAACAAUUCUUUUUGGGAGAGAAGAUAACAGAAUACCGGUAUGAUGAAUCGGCUUGAUUUUAAAAGUUUUUGAUUUUAUUUAUACAUGUAGCCAUGGUAACCAGAUAUGACUUAAAGAAUGCUAAAUGAAUUUAAAUAAGGUUGAAGUAUUGUUUGUUCACAAACUGGUUUGAUCUACCAUUCAAAGAUAUUUAUUUUUGCACAUCAUCCACUCUUCUUAUAAAUACAUUAAUAAGAAACUCCAUCCCUGUCAAGUCCACCCUAGUCCAGAAAUCAUCUUUAUGUUUGGUAGAUUGUUUAAUCGUAAUUAUAUCACUAGUCUGUUGGGGGGGGGGGGGGGGGGGGACUCAUUAAAUCAAGGCAAAGAUAAAUCAGACAAAUUUACAAAUUGGAAACUAAAUGACAAAGGAAAACAACAUACAAAUGACAAAAUCGAGCAAAACCGGGUUUAUGUAUAUUCCUGUGUAUAAAGAUGCAAAUUGGAGUAAUAUUCUGAAGACAAAUAAAACUUCCAUAUACAAAUCCACAGGUUCUUCAGUCUGCAACUACCUAUCUGAACAAUUACAAUUAACAAUGAUUUUGCUUGAAUUGUGUGUGAGAAAUAGCUUUAUUUAACGCCCGUUUCCACUGAAGUAAUAUCCCAGAAUGUCAACUACUGGUAUAAUGUACCCGACCCAUUGGCUUACCAAUCAAUUUUAAUCAAAGUAUUGAUUUAAAAUCUUAGCUUAAGUCAUCUUUUUCAAGUAUAGCUCAUUAUUCAUUUAUAUUGUGAAAUUAAGUAAUGUUCAACCUAGCCUGUGAUCCAGAUAUUUAAAGAAUCACUCAGUAGUAGUUUUAAUUAGUAGCUCAAAGCCUUCAUUAUUUAAUAAAAAACACAUUAUGUUUGAUAUUUACAUCAUUUUACUUCUCUGUUAAUAUCACGUACAUGUGUUAGUUUUUUUGCUUGAUAUUUGUUGGGGUUUUUUUUAUAAUUUUUUCAAAAGUUAACUAACCGUAGCUUUUUUACACAUUUAAAUACUGUUUUUGUUUUGUUAGUCUAUGUAUUUUGUAAUAAAUGACGAAUUUCAAUUGGAUAAUUUGUACUAAAUGAAACAGUUGCUGUAAUUUAGGAUUGAUACCAAAGGCAGGGAACAUAUAUUUUUGGGUAGGCCAUUUGAGUCAUUCUUCCUACACUUGACCACCUUGCCCCAAAUAAUCCCCUUUUUAUAAACCCACAUAGAAAUGUGGACGUAUAUUGCCGUCGCCCCAUCCGUCUGUCUGUCGGUCUGUCUGUCGUCCACAAUUUCUUGUGAACGCUUUAACGCCAAAAGUUAUCAUCCAGUUGUUUUAAAAUUGAUAUAUGUUGUUUGCAUUAGUGAGAUGAAGAAGCCUAUUUAAUUUCAAUAAUUUCCGUUUAUUACGUCUAGAGUUAUGACCCUUGUUUCACUUUGUUGAACGCCCUAACGCCAAAAGUUAUCAUCCUAUCUUUCUGAAAUUUAUAUGCAUUAUUUAAAUUAGUGAAACGAAGAAGCCUAUUGAAUUUCAGCAAUUUCCGUUUAUUACAUCUAGAGUUAUGGCCCUUGUUUCACUUUACUGAACCUUGUGAACGCUCUAACGCCAAAAGUUAUCACCCAAUCUUUGUGAAAUUUAUAUGCAUGAUUUAAAUUAGUGAAAUGAAGAAACCUAUUCAAUUUCAAUAUUUCUGUUCAUUAUGUCUAGAGUUAUGGCCCUUGUUUCACUUUAUUGAACAUUGUGAACACUCUAACGCCGAAAGUUAUCAUCCGAUCUUUCGGAAAUUUAUAUGCAUUAUUUAAAUUAGUGAAACGAAGAAGCCUAUUGAAUUUCAGCAAUUUCUGUUUAUUACGUCUAGAGUUUUGGCCCUUGUUUCACUUUAUUGAACCUUGUGAACGCUCUAACAUCAAAAGUUAUCUGCCGAUCUGUAUGAAAUUUGCAUGCGUCAUUUAAAUUAGUAAAGAGAAGAAUCCUAUUGAAUUUCAUUAAUUUCCGUUUAUUACUUCUAGAGUUAUGGCCCUUGUUUCACUUUGUUCAACCUUGUUAAUGCCCGAUUGAUGAAAGUUAUCAUCCAAUAUGCAUGAAAUUUAUAUGCAUCAUUUAAAUUUGUGAAACAGAGGUCUAUUGAAUUUCAGCAAUUUCCGUCAAUAAUUUCUAGAGUUGUGACCCUUGUGACAAAAGUGAUCAUCUAAUCUGUAUGAAAUUUAUAUGCAUCAUUUAAACUAGUAAAACAAAAAAUCCUGUCAAAUUUCAACAAUUUCUGUAGAUUACUUCCAGAGUUGAGACCCUCGUUUCAGUUUGUAGAACCUUGUGAACCCUCAAACGGCAAAAAUUGUAAUCUGAUCUGGGUGGAACUGUCUUGUAAAGGCCCGCAAUUACCUACAAAGGAAUAAAUAUGCGACAACCCUUGUCAACCGCUCGGGCGAUUUAGCUGCUGUGGGCGUAUGUUUCAUUGCCUGGCAACCUAUCUUUAUCAUAUUAAUCCCUAAAAUAUGUUCAGCACCCCACCAGCCCCCCGGGAACUUCGCCACUGCCUAUGGUUUGACCGACAGCACUGUCAGUUAAUUUUAAAAAUGAAAUAAAUAUACCUCAGGUCGGUUAUAUGUAAUUGACAUCAUCAGACAAUUUUCUAACCUACAUCAUGGACAUUAUGAUGUAUUGUAAGGUCCAUGCCUACAUCACGAUCAAUCGUUGUUGAAAUUGGUCAUUUUGUUAAAGCUUGUCUGUGUCAAACCAGUGUGUCUUGGUUUGAUGAUUAUUUGUAUGGACACGCAGUGAAUAUAAAUAAAAUCAUUACCCAAUGAAAGAAAGUAUGUAGUAAUAUAUAUAUAAAUAAAUAAAUAUUAAAAUAAUAAAAAUGUUUUACAAGGAA